AUGACAUCUAGUUCUCAUGUGGAAAUUCCAAUCGAGGGGGAUCCAGAUAAGAAUAAGAAAAUUUUGGAAAUUGUCUGUUCACCUAACUUGAUGCAUGUUGCUGCAUUAGACAAAGAUAGCAAUAUUGGUUUUUGGUCUAUAAUUAAUCAAGAGGAAUCUUUAACGAACGUAAAUUCAAUUCAUAUUGAUGACAUUGGCAUAAAAAAAACAGGUGAAAGAAUAUUUGCAAUAUCAGAUAAUAAGCAUGCAUCAAUUAGUAUUAAUAGAGUCAACCCUUAUAAUUUCAAAAUUUUCAAUUUUGAAAAUGGAAAAGAGGUAUCAUUAACUUUUCCAGAUCAGCAAAAGGAAAUUAACUUCUUAUCCUUUACCGAUAACGGAAAUAUUGUAAUGGUCAAUACCAAAUAUUACAGAGCAUAUAUUUUUUCAAGUAAAGAUAGUGUUAGUUGGGUUUGUAAAUCAAUGAUUGAAUUGAAAUAUUUUAAAUAUCUAUAUAUUACUCUUAAAGGAAAAUUGAUCAUAUUUAAUGAUACGAUUUAUGAGAUUACAAUGUGGGACAUUGAAGAAUUAUCAAUUAAAACUCGUAUUUUAAUAGAUUGGAAUCAUACACUUGAAUCUGUUGAGAUUAGUUAUGAUGAAGAAUUAUUAUUAGUAUGUGCAAAAAAUGUUAAAACUAAGGAAACACGUUUGUACACCUAUUCCACCGAAACUGGGAUAAACCUUGCAUUCUUUACUACGCAAUUGGUAAUAAAUGGAUUUCACUUGAUCGCUUCUGAAAAAGGAGAAAGAUUAUUAUAUAUUUCAGACGAUCAAUAUAAUUUAAUGGACCCUUAUAGCCUCCAAAAUCCAAUAGAUGCGAACGUGCUUUUUGAGAAAUUUAAAGAGAAACAAUUUCAAGAACCAUACAUAAUUCGAUCUGAUAAAAUUAUCUAUAUAAUCGAUGGAAUAUUGUCAAUUAAAGAACUAGUCCCUGUUAAUUCUGAUGAUUGGGUCAAAUGUUUACGAAAAGAACUGAAGGACACAAAUAGCAUUACAACUCCAUCUAAAAAGACAAUUGAUAUUAUAUCUAAAAUUAUACAGAACAGUAAUUAUAACACUGAAAGGAAAGAAUUUGAAGGGAAAUUUUUAAAAUGGGGAUUGGAAUUAGACAACAAAUCAGUCAGACUUACAGUAAAUGAUUUUGAUUAUCGCAGGGAGAAUUGGAACCCAGAUGAUAAAAAAAAGUAUUUAAACAUUCUUCCAUCAUUUUAUCCUAAUGAAAAGAAUUUUAUACUACAUUGUGAAGUCCUUGAAAAUGAUGAUUUUGUUACGAUUACACGUAUUGGUGUGGUUAUCUGGAUUUAUAAAUUUUCGAGCAUUAAGAUGCAUUAUUUUUGGAAUAACUGGAAUGGUCAUUUAGAAGAUUUCGUUUUUGAAAAGAUGAAGUUUAAAGAUCUUUUUAAGAACAGGAUUUCAAGACGAAUUCUUCCUGCUUCAAAUUAUGAAACAAUCCUUAAAAAUUUAGAUAUUAAAUUUUGGCAAGAAGAGAAAAAAGAAGAAAAAGAGCUUUUCAAAGAAUUUUUGGAAGAUAAUAUCGCUGAAGAAUUUUAUUUAACUUGCUAUGGAAAAGAUCUCAUGAAAAUAUUCAUUAAAUUAAAUGAUGAUAAACGGAUUCGAUCUUUAGGCCAUAGCUGUAUGGAUAAGUGUGUGCAAGAUAAUAAUCAUUUGAUUUCUAAGAUUUCCUUGUUGAGUAUUAUUUUUGAAAACUUUAAAAAAAUAUCAGAAAAUCAUCCUGCAUUUAUAGCAAGUAUUUUAUCUUUGAUAGGAUUUGUAGCUCCUUCUCCUACGAUAAAUCCCAAAUCUAUUUCCAUACACCUUUCCAGUUAUGGAAAAUACUGUCAUCUAUCUAAAACAUCAUUUCUUGAUAUAUUAACUUCUAGUCUCUGGGAUCGUUGGAUUAGUAUUCAAGAAAGUUUUCAAAAUAGGUUUCAAAAAUUUCAAGAUAGUUAUCCUCUUUUUCGGGAUUUAAUUGACAAAUGGUUAGGCUAUAAAAAACCUUACAUUUCAAAGGCUCUUAGUGAAAUUCUUUUACUCCCUGAAGAACAACCUUCUUUUAAACAUAUUGAGGGGACUAUGAAAGAUCUGCCCACUCUUAAACAAAUUGAGAAGACUGUCGAAGAUCUGUCCAUUUUUCGACAAAUUGAGAAGGACAUUAAUGAACUUAAGGAUCUAAAAAAAUCAAUUGAAGAUUUAAAAACAGAAAAUAAAUAA